GGCCACUCCUCCACCGUGAUUGCUCACCUGUGAAGAACUAACAUUUGUCACUAGGCGGAGACGUGUGAUGGCUUUUUUAAAAAGAUUAAUGUUUGUAAAAAGUGAUAAUUGAGUACACUGAGCUGUGUUUUAUCAUUGUCUUGCAGGGCUUCAGUUACUUGAUAUUCUGCCAAAGUUACGGGAGCAGGAGGAUGAAGACUUGAUUAUUCAAUGUGAGGCUUUUGAAGAAGCGAUGGCUGAAGAUGAGGAGGAGCUGCUGCGGGUGUACGGGGGCAUCGACAUGAGUGAUCACCUGGAGGUCUUCACAACACUCUUCAACAAGGUGAGCAGCUCUCCAGCCUCGCUCCAGCUGCUCUCCAUCCUGCAGACACUGUUGGUGCUGGGGCCCAGCCGCUCUGAUAUCUGGCUGGCUCUGGAGGCUAUUACCAACAGAGCUGUGCUGCUGGCCCAGGACUCUCAGAUGGAGUCCUAUGAGAAGAUCACGCAGCGGCUCCUGUUCUCCAAAGGUAAGAGCGGAGCGGUUCCUCACGAAGUGGACGGGCAGAAGGUCAGAGUGGACAAGGCUGUGCAGACAGGGCUGGAUGACGAGAAGCCAGUUAUGAUCGCUGUGUCCUGCCAGAAGCUGCUAUGUGCCUCCCCUCCGCCGCCUCCCCCACCACCUCCUCCUCCUCUUCCCCCUGGCAUGACCGGGCCCCUGCUCCACCCUUCAAACCAGUGUCCGCCUCCUCCCCCUCCACCACCGCCGCUACCUGGAGGGUUUGGUGGACCUCCGCCACCUCCUCCCUUACCCGGGAUGCCACUUCAACCAGGCAUACCUCCUCCUCCUCCUCCGCCACCCAUCCUCCCAGGAAUGGGCAGUGGACCACCGCCACCGCCUCCUUUACCUGGCAUGCCACCUCCGCCUCCUUUACCUGGCAUGCCACCUCCGCCUCCUCCUGCUCCAGGCAUGAUCGUGGCCCAGAGCGUCCAGUCCCUGGGGUGCAUGGCGCCUGCCAAGAUGUACCGAUACCCCACCCUCAGGAUGAAAAAGCUCAACUGGCAGAAACUCCGUGCUGUUACUGAUGGUCCCUCCAUGUGGGCCUCGGUUCAGAAAGAGCCUUCUCCUCCAGAGCCGGACUACAGCAGUAUCGAGCAGCUGUUCUGUCUCCCGGUGACCGAGCUCAAAGACAAGGGGGCAGCUGCUCCUGUCAAGAAGGAGCUUAAAGAGAUUACAUUCAUUGAUCCAAAGAAAAACUUGAAUUUGAACAUAUUCCUAAAGCAGUUCAAAUGUAAAAAUGAAGACUUUGUGGCCAUGGUUCAGAAAGGUGACCGGACUAAGUUUGAUGUGGAGGUGCUAAAGCAGCUUCUGAAGCUUCUACCAGAGAAGCAUGAGAUUGAAAACUUGAAGUCCUUCCAAGGAGAAAAGGACAAGUUGGCGAAUGUUGACCGCUUCUACACCUGCCUUCUCACUGUGCCAUGUUAUCAGUUGAGGAUUGAGUGCAUGUUGCUGUGCGAGGAGACUUCAUCAGUGCUGGACAUGCUCAAACCAAAAGUCAAGCUGGUGGAGGAGGCCUGUCAGUCUCUCAGAGAGAGCACGCGCAUACCCAUUUUCUGCAGGCUCAUUCUUGACGUGGGAAAUUUUCUCAACUAUGGGAGUCACACAGGGAACGCAGAGGGGUUCAAGAUCAGCUCCUUGCUCAAGCUCGCAGAGACUAAGGCCAACAAGAGCCGCAUUACGCUGCUUCAUCACAUCCUGGAGGAGGCAGAGGCAAACCACCCGGAACUGUUGGCGCUGCCAGAAGAUAUAGAGAUCUGUCAAAAAGCAGCAGGUGUGAAUCUGGAAUCGGUUCAGUCGGAUGCCAGUUCCUUACUGAAACGACUGAAUGAGGCGGUCAAGAAGGUCUCCACCUCUGUGGAGGAGGUGAAGGAGCAGUAUGCAGAAGUUCUUGAAGAAAGUGUGGAGGCAUGUCGAGCUCUAAGUGAAAGGUUCACAGACAUCGACAAGCAGAGAAGUGAGCUGGCAGUUUACUUAUGUGAGGACCCUAAUCAGCUGUCCCUCGAGGAACUCUUUGGAACCCUCAGGACUUUUCGGGAACUUUGCAUCAAAGCAUUAAAGGAAAACAAAACCAGGAAAGAGCAGGUGGCCAAGGCUGAGAAGAGAAAGAAGCAGCUGGCAGAGGAGGAGUCCAAGAGACAGAAGGGAGAGAACGGAAAAAUCAUCAAGAAAGGCUUCGUGCCACAGAACGACGGCUGCAUCAUCGACCACCUCCUGGCGGAUAUCAGGAAAGGUUUCAGCCUCAGAAAGACCAGGCCAAGGUGCGAUUCGGAAAGCCUCCCUUCUAGUGAAAAGCGUAGGGAUACCUGCCUGCCUGGAUCAAGUGCCAAGCCUGCAGACGAAAAAGCCGCAGAAAUAGCCACCAGUUCCUCUCCCAGCAAAUCUCCGACAGAGGGUCACCAGGUCAGCACAGACGAGGUGAACGGCUUCAUCAGCCCGUCAGAAGAGACUCCCCCAGCUCCGCAGAGAGCCACAUCAGACGGAGCAGCUCCACCUCCCAACACAACCCCAGGAGAGCCAGCCGUGACUACGCAGGCACCCCCGGAAAGACCUGCUUCGCUGCUGAAGGCUCAGCAUCCAGAGACACCUGCAGUGCCUUCUCUAGCAACGAGACAACCUCCGGCUCAGGUUAAGGAGGAACAUCAACCAUGUCCUGCCACGAAUGGCUUGUCAUUGGAUUCAACUGUCACCAGCGUCCUCAGCCUGUCCUCCCUCUCAGACUCUGACCUGCUGGAGGCUGCGUUAGAUGGCGCUUCCAGCCUGGCACCUGAGAAGCUAACGCCUGAGCAACCAGUGGACAUUACUGUGAAUAUUCAGGUCAAGGAAUCUCCUUUACUUAGUACAGAUGUUAAUGUAACACAGAGCAGUCAAAGCAAUAAAAAUGGAGACGGGGAAGGUGAAACUAAUAAUAAAAUAAGCCAUUUAUCAGAGACCUGUCGAGAGGAGCAGGAGUCCAUUGUCGCAAGAACGUGCAGCCAAGACGAGGCUGCACUUGAUGAGGUCAUUGAGGGGUGUGACGUCCCAGAUGGAGUAGAAGUACAAGAUCGGCCAUCGGUGUCUGAAGAGGAAACUCUAUCCCUGAAGCCCGACGUAAAGAAACAUCAGAGCCUCUUAAAACGAAACAAAAAGAAGAGUAACCAAGGUAACUCCUCCAUUAACUUCAAUAAACAUCACGUUUGGAAUGCUAGUCUCUUGAUGUGUCUUAAAAGGAAAUCCAUAUUUGUUUUGUUUUUACUGCAUUUCGCAUUUUACAUUUUAUGCAUGGGCUACUUUAGUAUAUGUUCCUAAGUGUUUUUUGCAUGAUUUACAUGCAGUUUUAUAUUAAAGAGUAUGGAUGCAAUGUGUAGCAGUUGACUUUCAGAUCACGUCAAUACUGAAUGGAUUUCAAUGUGUGGUCAGCUUUGUUUGAAUGCUCUGUUCUCCGUUUUG